AUAUAAGCCAGCCCUCGGCGAACUUGCUCCCAACAGUUCUCGAUCAGCACUUGCCAGUUACAGUGAAGUCCCCAAGAUGAUCAUAAAAAUCUUGUUAAUCAGCCAGUUGCUGGCCCUAAGUUACGCGGGAUUAUCGGUGGAGGAGGCCAAAAGGCAAAUCGAUGCCUCGGUUUAUAGCGAUGAGGAAACAGGCGACGACGCCCACCAUCCAGAGCCACACCUACCGCCGCAGUAUUAUCCCCACAAGAAGACCACCACUCCCGCACCGGAAACAACCACAGUUGAGCCGGAGGUUGAGCAAAGCAGCGAGGCUAAUCUUGUCCCGAGUGAUGAUCUGAAUCAGUUGGACGAUGGACUGCUUCAGGCCAAUGACGGAGCAGCAGCAGCGGUCUCCACAACUCCGGAGCCCGAGACUACUACUACUACGACGACAACCACCACGACUACGACAACGCCAAAGCCGAAGGAACACAAAUAUGAGCCUCACCCGCACCCGUACCCGCAUCCGCAUCCAUAUCCCCAUGUUCACCCAUACCCUUCUCCCCCCCAUUUCCCUUCUGGAUCCUAUCCUGCAACUGGCACUAAAAGCCCCAAGGAAAGUGAAGACGAGUCCCCCGAACUGAAUGGAUACUCUCCCUAUCCAGGCUUCAGACCCUACAGACCCAUCCUGUUCCAGCCUCCAGUUCUAAAUCAUUCCCCCAAUUGGCCCAACAUCCAUGGAUUUGGGCCGGGACCUAGUUUUGGCCAUCCCCAUGAAGAGGAAUCCGGGGAGGAGGCCAAGGACAAGGGCAAGGGCAAAGAUAAGGCCGGGGAAGCAGAAGAAUCCGAAGAGGAUGUGCCUUUACGUCCACCAGGCUUUGGUUACCCUCCGGUGUUCGUGAUUCCCCACCGCCCUGUGAUCAGAGUACCCAGCUUUCCCUCACCAAGUGGUGGCUAUGGAUCACCCUACGGCUAUGGGCGUUACUAAUUCUUAAUACGGAAUACUAGUUAAAACAGCUUAGAUAGAAUCUCACGUCUGUAUUUAAGAAUGCUUUAUUAACAUGUACUGUAAAAAUUUAUAAUGUGAUUAAACUUGCUACAAACAAAAA